AUGAGUUUUGCGAUAGAUCCAUCUCAAGUGCAGCUGUCGGAUCCAUCACCCCGCCGUGCUGUUUUAGAUCCACCUUCUGUCUGCCCCUUUUGCCAAAGAAGAUUCACUCGCAGAGAUGCCCUCAAACGGCACUUGGCGAUUUGCAAAGUGCGCCUCGACACGGGGGCAGAUAUGCCACUUCUGCCUGCUCGUCAACCAAGACGUAAGAAACCAAGGGCCUGCAAUCGCUGUGUCCGGUUGAAGCGCGCUUGCGAUCGCAGUGUUCCUUGCAGUACAUGCAUUAUGCGGAACUACGAAUGCUCUUACGAGCAGGCAACCUGUUCCAAGACAUCAGUGGUUUCACAAGAUUCGUCACAAGCAGAGACGAAUGGUGUAUCCCAACAGAAGAUAUUCGAUGGUUUUGUUGAAGAAGCUGACGCAAUGCCUGUCGUCUUGGCCGGCUUCAUUGACCACUCACUGGAGUGGCCUCAUUGCGAUUCCCUACCAUUCCCGCUCUUCGACGUCGAUAUCCGAAAUUAUAUCCGCGGAAGUGACCUACAUUGUCGACCUUGGUUUGGUCAGGCUACUUCACGAGAAAACUUGGCUCUACCGUUUUUGAAACGAUUUACUGAGUCGUCUGGCAUUGCCGAUGGCUUCGACUGCGGCACCUUAACUCAAAGGCUUCAGUUGAACGAAGCCUCCAACGAUCCAUUAUGUCAAGAUUUGGCCGCUAAAACAUGCGAGAUCGUGGGAAUGGUGAAGGGAGCUCUGACUCGAACACGGUUAUAUUCCAAUGCUAGCAUAGAAUGGUCUCCGGUCGUGGAAAGAGCUUGUUUCGACUUCUUUUCGCCAUGCAAUCUCCACAGGUUCUUGCGUCUCUUCUGGUAUGGCUGGUAUCCUAACAGUCCGAUCAUCUACAAACCAAGUUUUAAUCCCGAAGCUGAACCGUGUGGAAUGUUAGCAUCGAUGGCCGUUUUAGGGGCGUGCUUAUCUCCAGACUCGAACGACUGUGUACGUGUGAUGGCGUGGCUUACUCCCGUGGAAGAAGCAGUUUUUGCCAAUGAUAUCAUGUAUGAUGACUUUAUAGUUGCGUCACCAAAUUUGGUUGGUGACGAGACGAUAAUAUGGGAUAAGCUAAAGGCGUUGUAUGCUGCCUAUUUUAUAUGUAUCGCGCAGAACUGGGAGGGAUCUAAAGAGGGAAGACAGCGUGUUCGAAACGAUCGGUACAGUCGCAUUGUCUCGAUUGCUAGAUCCUUUGGUCUCUACAAUCUGAGCUUGGAGAAGUUGGAUAUUACGCUCUCUACUCAACAAAACUGGGCCAAGUUCAUCCUUCUUGAAAGCAUGAUUCGUACUGCUACUUAUAUCUACCUUCUUGACUCCGCACUCGUUCUCUACUACAGACUGCCACCAAGGGUUAUAUCACUUGAACUCAACACCGGACUGGUAUCUCCUGAGGCUUGUUUCCAGGCAGAGUCAGCGGCGGAAUGCUUCCUACAACUCCAUAUGGCUACCAAAAGAAGACCGAACCAAUCUCGACUGACAGUAUCGUCUGCUGUUAGAAUUUUAUGCUCACCUCAUAGCAUAGACUUGGAUAUGUUCGAGAGUUUCAACUCCUUCAACAUGUUUACAAUGGUUUCGGGUAGGCUUAACGUUCUCCUCUCUUUCACUUCUGACGAUGAUACAGCUCUCUGUUGUCUAGUGUUCCAGUACCAGACCACUCUGGUUGAUGGAUCACAAGUAACGCCAGCAGCCACUGGCUUGAGUAGGUGGAUGUGGCUGUGGCAGCGAGGUGGCCAUGUUGUGGUCAAUUCCGAUGGCCACUCGAUUGAAAGUAUGUGGAAGCGUGUCGGUUUCAUGCAGCAUGCUAAUGAGUAUUAUCAUCUUGCUCGGGCAAUGCUUGAGAGAUGGAAGCUUACCGAGAGACAACUUGGCGAUACUUUGGCCACCUGGACAGCGCCACUUGAGUCCGUCCAGGGUAACCCAAAGUAUGAUGAUGGGGAAAUGGUCCAGGUCAAGGCUCUCAUUCACGAUAUGGAAAAUAUGACCUAUUAA